AUGCGUCACCCUCAAUUGACUUGGACACUCAUCAGGGUUGGGAUCUUCCUCGAUCAUCUCACCAUGCCAUUUAACCCAAAGCCAACGUACAUUACCCCAUAUUGGGUAUUCGUUGACAUUGAACAUGAAGAAUGCGUCUUUCCCGGUGAUGGUUCCCAACCACUUGUACUGACGCAUUCAACGGAUCUAGCAGCAUAUAUUGAGUGCUUGGUGGGCCUUCCAGCAAAUGAGUGGCCACAAGAAUCCCUGGUUGCAUCUAACAAAAUUCAAGUCAAAGAUCUCCAAAGUUUGAUUAAGAAAACUACAGGGAGGGAGUUUAAGGUCACGUAUGAUUCAGUAGAAUCAAUUCACAAGGGCCAGAUCACACCCUUAACCUCUAAUCGACCCGUGUUCGAUGACCCACAAAAGGGCAAAUUGUUUCAAGAGGUCGAGAUUCAGGUUAUGCUUUCGAUGUUGAGUAAUGCUCACGAUUUACCUGGGAAGAACCUUGCUGAGCGCUUUCCCGAGGUACAUGUGACCAAUAUUGAGGACUUUCUCAGAGCUGGCUGGGAAAUGAAGCAAGGCCUUAAGCCGUAA